AAUAGCCGUCGGUUGCCGCCCACCUCAUGAAUAUUCACAUCUAAGUCGUCUUGCGUGCGUCUACGCGAUGACGCAAGGCGGCCACAGUGGAUCCCGAUUGCUGCAGCCGCUUGUCAGUGUGAUGAAGAUUGGCACUCAGCCUGCCCAUAUAAUGCUUCAGUGUUGGCAGUGGCUACAGUGAUCACGAUGGCAGGCCAGCCUGUGACAAUGCGCAAGUACGAGGAGAGAGUUCAGCAGGGGAUCGAGCAGACAGACGGUGAUCCAGACACAGGAAUGGGGAGAAACCUCAACAAUGCUCUUGCCGAGUCCAAUCGCAUGGAUGCAGAUAAAGCUUCCAUAUACAGGCAUCCGCUCUUUCCUCUCCUCACCCUUCUGUUUGAGAAGUGCGAGCAGUCCACUCAGAGCUCUGACUGUGUCACUUCGGCAAGCUUUGAUAUCGAUAUCCAGAAUUUUGUACGCAACCAAGAGAAAGACGCCAAGGCUUUCUUCAGCGAAGACACUGAGCUAGACAACCUGAUGGUGAAGGCCAUUCAGGUUCUCAGGAUUCACCUGCUGGAGCUGGAGAAGGUCAGCGAUCUGUGUAAAGACUUCUGUAGCAGAUACAUCUCCUGCCUGAGGAGCAAGAUGAACAGCGAGACGCUGCUGAGUGGAGAGACAGAUGGCCCCUACUCUCCCCUGCAUGCUCAGGAUACCCAGGGCACUGUGGUUCCUGUCUCACCUAUGCAACAAGGUGUAUCAGCAGUCAGUCAGUCUCAAAUGGCUUCAGGUGGUGCAGUGUACCAGCCGGUCACAUUAGUCACACCCCAAGGCCAUGUCAUGGCUCAGGCCAUCUCACCGAGCAAGAUACACAUCCAGAACUCCCAGCAUUUACAGCUGCAGAUGAAUCAGGAUUUUGGAUUCUUCACUAAUGAAGACAGUUCUUCUAAAAACAAGCGUGGCGUCCUCCCCAAACAGGCCACCAACGUCAUGCGCUCAUGGCUCUUCCAGCACAUUGCGCACCCAUAUCCUACUGAAGAUGAGAAGAAACAGAUUGCUCAUCAAACCAAUCUCACUCUGCUACAGGUCAACAACUGGUUCAUUAAUGCACGGAGGCGGAUCCUCCAGCCGAUGUUAGACGCCAGCUCCACAGAGAUGCCCAAAACCAAGAAGAAGACUCCACAGACCCGUCCUCUACAGCGCUUCUGGCCUGAUUCAAUCGCUUCCUCUAUGUCCCAGCAACAGUUCACCAUGGACGACGUUAACAUAGUUACAGUUGGGAUGAGCAUGGAUGGCUACGAAACCCUCUCCUCAGAUGGAGCUACGCUCGCCAUGCAGCAAGUCAUGAUGGGUAAUCACAGCGAGGAGGAAACAGAUGACAGUGAGGAUGAGAAUGAUACACAUCUGUCUUCAGCUAACAUGACUGAUCUGGGUCUGAAUACCAGUAACUGACUGACUGACACUCUCACUCUCUCUCUCUCUCUCUCUCUCUCUCUCUCUCUCUCUCUUUCAUAACUCACACACACACGCACACACACAAAAGGCUUGACAUGGAGAUGUCUUUGGCAAAUCUGAUACUCUUGCACUACUAAGAGGAUCUCAGAAAUACCCCUUAAAGUACUGUACACACACGCACACGGUUGACAGAGAGCAUUACAUACAGGUGUGCUAAUUUAUGAGAUGUUUUUAAUGCUUAGACGUUUAAGUGAGUGCACUUUUUUUAUGAUAAAAUCCAAAACAGCAAAAAAAAAAAAAAGGAAACAGAAUGUCCCCAAGUUUUUAAAACUCUUGUUAUUUAGAAUUUGUUACACAAUUUGCAUUCUAUGAUAACUCCUCUGGAUGCCAAUUUUUUUUUUUUUUUUUUUUGCAAGUGCUUGUGAUGGUGUGAUUGUGAUUUUUUCCCCCUCUGCAUGCUGGUGUUUCUCUGCUGUCCUCAUUCUCUCUCACAACCACGUCACGAGAGCAAAAAAUGAGAGAUGCUUAUUUUUAUAUAUUAAGAGCAAAAUGUUUAUUUCUUUUUUUUUUCUUGGUUUGUUUUAUGUUUUAUAAUAUUUAUGUACAAAAAAAAAAAAAACAUGCUAGUUAGUUGCCCAGUUUUCAGGGCUUUGUAACAUUUUAUAAGAAAACAAAAAAAACCAAAACAAAACAGAAUUUUAAACUUUUUGCAUACAUACGUUAGCUCCAAAACUAUGCCUUACAUUGUUCUUUUGUAAAAUGAACUGAAGCACAUGCCUUGUUGAGUAACUGAUGAGUGGCUCCCUCUCUUUCCGCUGCGUUAGCUGUAAAGGUGGGAAAUCAUAUUAUACUCAGUAAAAGUAGUUAGUAUCAAGCCUCAAGCUACAAUUAAUGUGUGGUUUUCAAUUUUGCUGCACUGUACAUUUUUUUUCACUCUGUGUAAACGUCAUGUCUGCUAAUUAAUCAUCAGUAUGCUGAGUGAACGAGAAAUAUGCAGAGCACGCAAUCCCCUGGAAUGACGUAGAGAGCUGCUGAUCUAGAUCUCAUGGGUUUACAGAUGAAUUUAUAAAACUGUCUCAAAAUGUUACUUAUAAGCAUUAAAAACAUUAGUGUGUUCAACAAA